GUGUGGUAUCCAGAAGCUGACCACUGGUUCUGAGGGUCCAGCUGAGGGAGAUAUGAUGUGUUGGAAGGUUCUGAGAGUCAGUCUGGUGGUCCUGGCUGGGUGGGCUUUCAGUACCACCAACUCGGAGCUGGGCUGGACACGCAAGAAAUUCCUGGCCCAGAGGGGACAGCUGAACCAGGUCCUGUUGGGAGGGGAACGCUGUUGGUUGGGGACCAAGAUUAGAAGACCCAGAACUGCUCCUCAGCAUCAUCUCUUUGGGGUCUACCCAAGCCGACCAGAAAGCUACCUAAGGCCCUACGCUGUAUGGAAGAAGCGAACCCCAUAUGUAGGAUGGAAUCAACCAGGCAUGGAGAGACAGGCUCCGAAUGUGGUUCCCCGAAACCUGAUUGAGAACCCAGCAGAAAUGAGGAGGGAGUCUGAGCAGCCAGCUGCCCUGUGGGUAGGGGAUGGUCCUAUUGGGCAAUCAGAGCUGCUGAGAGAUGAUGACACUUAUCUUGGCAACGGAGGAUCCAAGGAGGCUCUAGGUGAGCCUGCGACUCAGGGAAGCUCCGAAACUGCUGCCUCCACCAUCACCACCUUUGCAUACCAGAAAAGACCCACAGAGAAGACCCUGAGGAAGGGCCAGGUCAGGUCUAGGCUUCCUCGCCAUGUGCUGAAAAGGCAGGCAGAAGAUAUAAGCAGAAACCCCCAGAAUGCCCCUGUAGAUUUCCAGCUCUGGCCUAAGGACCCCCUUAAGCAUGGAGAUAGUGACAGUCUGUUGGAGGGCACCAUCCAAAAUGGUGGAGGGGGUUCUGCCUGGGGAGUAGAGACCUUUAACCCCCAAGGAGGAUUGCCUGUACUGUACUUCUCUGGGAAGAGGGAGCGGCUGCUGCUGCGUCCAGAAGUGCUGGCUGAGAUUCCCCGGGAGGCGUUCACUGUGGAAGCCUGGGUGAGACCAGAGGGAGGACAGAACAACCCAGCCAUCAUUGCAGGUGUGUUUGAUAACUGCUCCCAUACAGCCAAUGACAAGGGCUGGGCCCUGGGGAUCCGCUCUGGGAAGGACAAGGGGAGGAGAGAUGCUCGCUUCUUCUUUUCUCUCCGCACUGACCGGGUGAAGAAGGCUACUAUCGUGGCUGGCCAUAGCCGCUACCAGCCAGGCACAUGGGCUCAUGUGGCAGCCACUUACGAUGGACAGCAUAUAGCUUUGUAUGUGGACGGCACUCGAGUGGCCAGUAGUCCUGACCAGUCUGGUCCACUGAAUAGCCCUUUCAUGGCAUCAUGCCGCUCCCUACUCCUGGGAGGGGACAGCUCUGAUAAUGGGCAUUAUUUUCGUGGAUAUCUGGGCACUCUGGUCAUCUGGUCGACUGCUCUUUCACAAGCCCACCUCCAGCACAGUUCUCAGCAUCCAAAUCGAGCAGAUGAGCUGUCCACCUUGAUCCUGACAGCCACUUUCGACCCCCUCAAGGGACAGUGGGCUCCCUUUAGAGAUGAGACAUAUCCCCGGCUGGAGGUUCUCCAGGACACUGAGUCACAGCCUGAGAUUCUGUCACCUUUGCAGCCCCCACUUUGUGGGCAAACAGCUUGUGACAAUGUGGAACUGAUCUCCCAGUACAAUGAGCAUGGGCCCCUUCGGGGGGAGAAAGUGAUCCGCUACCAGGUGGUAAACAUCUGUGAUGAUGAGGGACUGAAUCCCAUUGUGAGUGAUGAGCAGAUCCGCCGGCAGCACCAGGCACUAAAUGAGGCCUUCAGCCGCUACAAUAUCAGCUGGCAGCUGAGUGUCCAUCCGGUCCACAAUUCCACCCUGCGCCACCGGGUUGUGCUCGUUAAUUGUGAGCCCAGCAAGAUUGGCAAUGACCACUGUGACCCCGAGUGUGAGCAUCCACUCACCGGCUAUGAUGGGGGUGAUUGCCGCCUGCAAGGCCGCUGCUACUCCUGGAAUCGCAGGGAUGGCCUCUGUCACGUGGAGUGCAACAACAUGCUGAAUGAUUUUGAUGACGGGGACUGUUGCGAUCCUGCUGUGACUGAUGUUCGAAAGACAUGCUUUGACCCCGACUCACCCAAGAGAGCAUACAUGAGUGUGAAGGAGCUAAAGGAGGCCUUGCAUCUCAACAGUACUCAUUUCCUCAAUGUCUACUUCGCCAGCUCAGUUGGGGAGGACCUUGCAGGUGCUGCCACAUGGCCUUGGGAAAAAGAAGCUGUCAGUCACUUGGGUGGUGUUGUCCUCAACCCAGCCUAUUACGGCAUGCCUGGCCAUACCAACACCAUGAUCCAUGAGGUCGGACAUGUCCUGGGACUCUACCAUGUAUUCAAAGGAGUCAGUGAAAGAGAAUCCUGUGAUGACCCCUGUAGAGAGACAGUGCCAUCCAUGGAGACAGGAGACCUGUGUGCCGACACUGCUCCUACACCCAAGAGUAAGCUGUGUCGGGACCCAGAGCCAGCUAAUGACACCUGCGGUUUCACCCACUUCCCAGGGGCUCCAUUCAAUAACUACAUGAGCUACACAGAUGAUGAGUGCACUGACAGCUUCACCCCUAACCAAGUGGCCCGGAUGCAUUGUUAUUUGGACCUCGUAUACCAGCAAUGGAGUGAAAGCACAAAGCCCACCCCCAUCCCCAUCCCACCCAUGGUUAUUGGGCAAACCCAAAAGUCCCUCACUAUCCACUGGCUGCCUCCUAUUAGUGGAGUUGUGUAUGACAGGACCCCUGGCAGUAUGUGUGAUGCCUGUACUGAAGAUGGGACAUUCCAUCAGUAUGUAUACAAGGCUUCCUCUGGGCGAGUGUGUGACUCUUCAGGUUACUGGACUCCAGACGAGGCUGUGGGGCCUCCUGAUGUGGAUCAGCCCUGUGAGCCUAGCUUGCAGGCUUGGAGUCCUGAGCUCCACCUGUACCACAUGAAUAUGACUGUGCCCUGCCCAGCGGAAGGUUGUAGCUUGGAGCUGCUUUUCCAACACCCAGUCCAAGCUGACACCCUCACUCUCUGGGUCACUUACCUCUCCAUGAACUCCUCCCAGGCACUUUUUGAUAUAGAGAUCUUGCUAGAACUCAAGGAAUCUGUACACCUUGGUCCCUUCAACACUUUUUGUGACACGCCACUCACCAUCAAACUCCAUGUGGAUGGGAAGGUCUUGGGAGUGAAAGUCUACACCCUUGAUGAACGGAUGGAAAUUGAUGCUGCUCUCCUGACAUCUCGGCCCCAUAAUUCCUUGUGUUCUGGAUGCAGGCCUGUGAGUUAUCAGAUACUCCGAGAGCCUCCUUUUUCCAGUGGCUUGCCCAUGGUGGUGACACACCCUCACAGGAAAUUCACAGACAUAGAGGUCAUGCCCGGGCAAUUGUAUAAGUACCAAGUUCAAGCUGAAGCUGGAGGGGAAUUUGGAGAAGCUUCACCUCCUCUGAGCCACAUUCAUGGAAGACCCUACUGUGGAGAUGGGAAGGUGGCAAGGAGUUUAGGAGAAAUGUGUGAUGAUGGAGACCUGCUGAAUGGCGAUGGUUGUUCAAGAGCAUGUCAACAGGAGGAAGGCUUCCACUGUGUGGGGGAGCCAAGCCUUUGUUACAAGCAUGAGGGAGAUGGGAUUUGUGAACCUUUUGAGAAGGAAACCAGCAUCAUAGACUGUGGCCUCCAUACUCCUGAAGGACACAUGAACCAGUGGACUACUCAAGCUUAUUCCUACCAUGAAGAUAAGAAGAAGUGUCCUGUUUCUCUGGUUACAGGAGAACCUCAUUCAAUGAUUUGUACUUCACAUCAUCCAGAUUCAUCCCCAAACAGUCUCUUUCCUGGAUGGUUUCCCUGUGUUUUCAGUUUGAAGACAGCCCAGGAGGAUGGCAGUGAGAAGUCUGAAGAUAGUCUGCAGAAGGACAAUGAGAUUUGGCUUGAAGUGUGUUUCGAUAGACCAGGAGUUGCGGAGGCAAUUUUCCUUUUCUUGGCAUCUGAUGGUCUGUCCCCUGGGAAGCAUCAUCAGUCAAAAGUGACCCUGUACCUGGUUGAUGUCAGUGGGAGCAACCACUCUCUUGGAACCUAUGAGCUGUCAUGUCAACAUAAUCCACUGGUUAUCAAUGUGAGCCAUCAUGUGAAUGUCUUUCCCCACCACACCUCUUCCAUGCUGCUGAAUUUUUCAUCCCCAUUGGUGGGCAUCUCAGCAGUGGCUCUAAGGACAUCUUCCCACACCAGUUCUUCAGCUACCAGUAACUGCAUCCCAGAGCAAAAUCAUCAGGGACAGAGUUGUGCCCAACGACCAUGUGGAAAACAGGGAAGAUGCACGCCAUUGCUACUUGACCAUGCAGAUGUGGUAAAUUGUACCUCCAGUGGCCCAGGUCACAUGAAGUGUGCUAUCACUUGUCAAAGGGGGUAUGUCCUUCAGACCAGCAGUGGGCAGUACCUCAGGAUGAUGCAGAAAGGGAUUCUCCUCACUUGUUCCUCUGGCCACUGGGACAAGGAUGUGAGCUGUGUGCACAUUGACUGUGGUGUCCCUGACUCUUCCUUGGUGAAUUAUGCAAACUUCUCCUGCUUGGAGGGUACUGACUUUCAGAAACGCUGUUCCAUCUCAUGUGUCCCACCAGCCAAGCUCCAAGGACUGAGCCCGUGGCUGACCUGUCUUGAAGAUGGACUCUGGUCUCUCCCUGAAGUCUACUGCAAGUUGGAAUGUGAUGCUCCUCCGGUUAUUCCAAAUGCCAAUUUGCUCCUGCCAAAUUGCCUAGAAGGCAACAACCAUGAUGUGGGCACCAUCUGCAGAUAUGAAUGCAAACCAGGCUACUAUGUGAUGGAAAGUGCGGGGAGUCAAAGCAGGAAUAAGUUCCUGAAGAUACAAUGCCUGGAUGAUGGGACCUGGGAAGAAAGGAGCUGCAUCCCAGUGGUGUGCGAGCCGCCUUCUCCUGUUUUUGAAGGCAUGUAUGAAUGCACCAAUGGCUUCAAGCUGGACAGCCAGUGUAUGCUCAACUGUAACCAGGAAACAGAAAGGACUCCCAUCAUCUGCACUAAAGAGGGGUUGUGGACCCAGGAGUUCAAGCUGUGUGAAAACCUGCAAGGGGAGUGCCCACCACCCCCCACAGAGCUGAAUUUAGUGGAGUACAAGUGUGGACAGGGAUAUGGAAUUGGUGCAGUGUGCUCCCCAUCAUGUAUAGUCCCCCCGAGUGACCCUGUGAUGCUGCCAGAGAAUGUGACUACUGACACUUUGGAGCACUGGAUGGAACCUGUCAAAGUCCAGAGCAUCGUGUGUACCGGCCGGCGUCAGUGGCACCCAGAUCCUUCCCUGGUUCACUGCAUCCAGUCAUGUGAGCCUUUCCAAGCAGACGGUUGGUGUGACACUAUCAAUAACCGGGCCUAUUGCCAGUAUGAUGGAGGAGACUGCUGCUCUUCCACACUAUCUUCCAAGAAGGUCAUUCCAUUUGCUGCUGACUGUGACCUGGAUGAAUGCACCUGUCGGGAUCCUAAGGCAGAAGAAAAUCAGCAACUCUAGGACCAGAGCCCACCCUCCUCUGCCCCUGGAGGCAACAAGAUAGUGGCUUCCAUGGCAGGAUGGGAAGGGUGAAUGAAUAAUACAGGUCCUGUGGUGGAAGGAGAGCCUAGAAUGGAGAGCCUUUAAGAAAUGCAAGAGAAUGUUUGUAGGUGCCAAUUAAUGCAUUACAUAGUUCAAGUAAGGAGGAAUUAUAGACAGAAGUUUCUGUAAAAAACAAAACAA